CCUGAACUCAAUAUCGGCUUCCAGUGUCCUUUGCCUACUUCAGCGCCAACUGGAACAAUAUUCUACUUCAAAGCCUUGGCAGUGACUGCUUCUUUACUUCAUACUAUCAAAUGCCAGCAUCCACAUCAGCGAGUUGCAAUAUUCUCAGACAACCUUAACAUGGUUUUGAUGUUCAACUCCCUCAUGGCCCUUCCUCCUUAUAACUGGCUUCUCAUGACCUCAGUUGAUGCUUUACUUGAUGCUGGAGUUGAUUUUAGGGUUUUCUUUGUAUUAGGUGUUGAUAAUGUGGUUGCCGACCACUUAUUGCAUUGGAAGAAUAGUAAAGCUGAGCUUGUCUCUCCAGGUCUUCACAUUUGUCCCUUUACACCCCCUCAGAAUGCACUGGGGGUAGCGAGAAAAUGA